AGAAAAAAAAAAAAGUUACAAUUAAAAACUGUAGCGUCCGAUCUUUAAUUGGUAUCACAAUUCUGAGAAACCCUCUGUAUCGGUAGCUCGAUCGCUUGAUUCUCUUUCAUUUCACGUAAGCUUUCGAAUCCUUCGUCGAUCCAUGUAUGGUUUGAUCCUGACAUUUCUGGAUUCUGAUCUGAUCUGAAGCUGUGUACCAUCUGAGUAUAAUUGAAUUCUCGUGAUCAUUACGUCUCUUUUGCCUUUUUUUUAUUGGCUUGACAAGCUGUGCAUUGCCUUCCCUUUGAUUAGUAAUUCAAAUCCUCUGUGUUUCCUUAUGCAGCAAGUUUUCGAUUUGAAUGAAGAAUUUACAUGAGUUGAUUAUGUUUCAGAUAAAUUUGCUGGAGGGGUUAGAGAAGGAGAGAUCCAAAAUGGCUGGAGCAUCAGAAGUUGUUGAAGCUGAUAAUGCAGAGGCAAUAAUCGCGAUGAUCGAAACCAAAUCGCAAAAGAUAGAGAGCUUACUCAAACAGUAUAACCCUAGAUUUUCUUUUGUUUUUUCUUACUUUUCUCAGAAGACCUUUAAUAGUUUACUUUGUUUGUCCAGUUACAAACAUAUCGAAGCUCUGAAAACAGCUCUCGAUGAUUCGCCUCCCAAAACUCUCGAUGAACGUUGCAAGUCAGCUAACUGGAUAGUUGUGCACAAAGUUAUCAUGGCGAUAAGGGAUAUCGACGGAAUGUUGAAUGCUCUUGGUGCCGAGUAUUACGACAUUCUCAUGAAGUACUUGUAUAGAGGCCUUUCGACUGGAGACGAAUCUACAUGCGACCAGUGUUUGAUGAUUCACGAGAAACUAACAGAGAGAGCUGGUCUCGGUUGCAUUCUCCGUUGUCUUAGUGAUACUACCAACACCGUUUAAACCACUAAGCUGAUCUUUUCAUGCUACUUUUAU